AUGUCUUAUUCCUCUACGGCAGUUCGUUUCUUUACUUCUCCAAAGCCACUCGGUAAUCCUAUGGACUCCAACCGGAAUCUCGGGGCUACUUCCCAGGGACAUACCGUUAUGAGGCCAAACGUUUUGAAAGAACGACCCUCGAAUGAUAGCGUUGAGCUACAUAAACCGAAGAAUCAGGGUUUGACUUUCGCCAACCAAGAAUCUUUACCUAAACUUCCUAUUCCUGAUUUGGAAGACACUUGUCAGAGACACCUAGAUGCUCUCGUCGCCUUGCAGACCCCGCGGGAACAUGAAGAGACGAAGGCUGCGGUGAAAGACUUUCUCAGGACGGAUGGACCGGUUCUUCAAGAGAGAUUGAAGACUUAUGCCGGUUCUAAGACUAGCUACAUAGAGCAGUUCUGGUAUGAUUCUUACUUGAACUUUGAUAAUCCGGUUGUUCUCAACCUCAAUCCCUUUUUCCUCUUAGAAGAUGAUCCUACCCCUGCUCGCAAUCACCAGGUCACUCGAGCUGCAUCCUUGGUAGUCUCUGCCCUUUCAUUUGUCCGUGCUGUGCGUCGGGAAGAGCUCCCUCCAGAUACUGUACGCGGAACACCUCUUUGUAUGUACCAGUACUCGCGGCUAUUUGGAACAGCUCGACUUCCCACAGACAAUGGAUGCGUCAUCAGCCAGGACCCCUCAGCCAGACACAUCGUCAUCAUGUGCCGGGGCCAGUUCUAUUGGUUUGAUGUACUGGACGAUAACAGCGAUCUGAUCAUGACCGAGAAAGACAUUGCGCUCAAUCUGCAUGUAAUCAUCGACGAUGCUGCUCAGACUCCGCUCCAGCAUGCGGCUAAGGGUGCACUGGGCGUUCUCAGCACUGAAAAUCGCAAAGUAUGGUCUGGUCUGCGUGAUAUUAUGACCAAAGAUCUAUCAUCGAACAAUGCUGAGUGUCUCAACAUUGUUGACACCGCGCUCUUCGUGCUAUGUCUAGAUGACACAGAGCCUUCAAGCACGGCAGAGCUCUGCGCAAACAUGCUCUGUGGCACGAGCGAGGUGGUCAAGGGCGUUCAGGUCGGGACCUGCACGAAUAGGUGGUACGACAAACUGCAGAUAAUCGUCUGCAAAAAUGGCAGUGCCGGAAUCAACUUUGAGCACACGGGCGUGGAUGGACAUACCGUACUGAGAUUCGCCAGCGACGUAUACACGGACACCAUCCUCCGUUUCGCAAAGACAAUCAAUGGCCAGGCCCCUAGUCUCUGGGCAACAACCAGCCCAGACCCAGCCAAGCGCGACCCACGCAGUUUUGGAAAUGUCAGCACGACGCCACGCAAGCUGGAAUGGGACAUGAUUCCCGAACUAAACAUCGCUCUACGCUUCGCCGAAUCUCACCUCUCAGAUCUACUCCACCAACAUGAAUUCCAAGUCCUCGACUUCGAAGGCUUCGGCAAGAAUUUCAUCACGUCAAUGGGCUUCUCGCCAGAUGCGUUUGUGCAAAUGGCCUUCCAGGCCGCAUACUACGGUCUUUACGGCCGAGUCGAAAACACCUACGAGCCCGCAAUGACAAAAGUCUACCUGCACGGCCGAACAGAAGCAGUCCGCACCGUAUCCCCCGAAAGCGUAGAUUUUGUCAAAACAUUCUGGGGCGAUCAUCCGGCCCAGCAGAAGAUUGACGCUCUCCGCACAGCAACACAACGCCACACAUCCAUAACAAAGGACUGCUCAAAAGGCCAAGGCCAAGACCGCCACCUCUACGCGCUCUACUGUCUCUGGCAACGCUCUUUCGACGAAGGCCUCUUCGAAACAAGCUCCGUAGCCGACUCUUCAACUCCAAGCGAAAACCCCGAAUCCCCCCGUUUGUCCCCAAACCAAUCCGAAUCAGGCUUCUCCUCCCCCUACAGCACAAGCACCAGUACAACAAGUGGCCUCCUCCGCACUACAGCCCCUCCCACGCCAGCUAUAUUCGCCGAUGCAGGCUGGGACAAGAUCAACAACACAAUCCUCUCAACCUCCAACUGCGGAAACCCGUGUCUGCGCCACUUCGGCUUCGGCCCUACAUCUGCCGACGGCUUUGGCAUUGGCUAUAUCAUCAAAGAUGAGUCGAUCUCCUUCUGUGCUUCGUCUAAACAUCGCCAGACAGCACGGCUCAUGCAGACGCUUGAUUUGUACCUGCUUGAGAUAAGGAAAUUGAUGCAUGCUACUCAUCACAAAACUUCUAGUCCGCGCACUAGUCGGGCUCGGGAGAUUGAGGAGUCGAGUGAUAGAGUUCAGUAUGAUUUACCGCGUAGAGGCCGGAUCGUGCGGAGUGACACCCGUGGUGCGGAAACGCCGACUACGACGACUGAUAGUGGGGAUAUGGAUGAUGAUGGCAUGGGUGGUUAUGGGUUCUUCGAUGCUGGAAUGCUUCUUUAUGCGCUUAAGGGUGUUAGUGAACGUGAUCGUGGAGACCAGCCUGCUAAACGCCGUUUUGUGGGGAAGAAGUUGCAUCUCAAUGAACAUUAG